AUGCCCUGCUGUGUUUGCUGCGUAUCUGCAGAAGUAUCUGAAUGCAGAUUGCAAUUCAGUCCACGAACAGCCAGAAAGAGAGGACCAACAGGUAAUGGUUCGCCUCCAACUACCAAAAAGCAAAUCAACUCAUCUACAGAGCAGAAAGUAAAAUCUUCUGCAAAACCCCAAAGUCCACGAACCAAGCGAUCGAAUUGCGAUGUAAAAACCCAAUGCGCUACAGAAGCCCCGAAAAUUCAAAAGAAAUGCCCGGAAACGAAAGUACGCCACCAAGCCAACGCCAACAAUGGUCCAUAUCAGAAACCGGAGCUAAAGAAGUUUCCAGCUCUGCCGCUCAAGCAAAGCAUCGCCAGCUAUUUGAGCAGUAUUGAACCAUUUCUUAGUGAGGAGGAACUCAAGAAGGAACAGAAGUUGACCAGGAAGUUUGUGGACAACGAGGGUGCGGAACUCCAGGAGCUUCUCGAGGAAGAAGCCGAGCGUUCGGACAACUGGCUAACUCCCAGAUGGACACGUUCCGCAUAUUUGACCUACCAGGCUCCGCUGACCGUCUUCUCCAAUCCGGGUCUCUCCUUUCCCAUUCAAGAGUUUAAGGGAACCGACGAUUUUCUCAACUUCACGGCUAAAGCUAUCUACGGCAUGUGCGAGUUCAAGCAGCUGGUCGACGAAAACAAAAUCCCAGUGGUCAAGAUGGGUAAACAUUAUCUGGACAACAGCCAGUUUGGGAAGAUCUUUGGCACGGUUCGCAGGCCAGGUCGAUUAUGCGAUACCAUCGAGCAGUACAGCGAUGCCGAUUAUAUUGUGGUCGUAUAUAAUAACAAUUACUUUAAGUUGCCAAUUUAUUCGGAAAGUGGUGCCUUGUUGCACGUUCAUACACUGCGAGAAGCGUUGAGGGAUAUACUGGAAUGCCCCAUUGAAGUGGGCGAGCACUUUGGCCUUUUGACACACGACAAUAGAAGCAACUGGGCCGAGGCAUAUACAGUACUUUGUCGUCCGCACGGAAACGCAGAUACCGUGGAAACCAUUGAGCAGUCCCUGUUCGUGGUCUGUCUGGACAACUGUGUGCCCGUUCCGAAGGGAAAGGAGCGGGUUGUCCAGGCCCAUCAGCUCCUCCACGGCGGUGGAGUGCGCCAGAACAGCGCCAAUCGCUGGAUGGACAAAACAAUUCAGCUGAUAGUCAAUCCAAACGGCUUGGCCGGAUUUUGCUACGAGCAUUCUCCCGCGGAUUGCCAGCCACUCGCCAUGCUGAUGGAUUUUGUGCAGCAGAAAGUCCAUGAGGAGAACUAUGGCUGCGAGGGCUGUGAGUCCGACAAAAAGGUCACGUCCGCUCUGUUAAGAUUCCAGCCAGUGAACGAGUGCAUCAAUUUGUGGUUGUGCCAGGCAAGGCGAAACAUCCACAGGAUCGCCAGCCAGCUGCAGAUGAAUGUGAUCCAGUUCGAGUGCCAUGGCAAGUGCUUCAUCAAGGCGCAGGGCCUGAAUCCGGAUAGCUACAUCCAGAUGGCCCUGAGUCUGGCCUACUACGCCAUGCACCACAAAUUACCCGCUCAGUAUGAGUCCGCUCACCUGAGGAUUUUCCACGAGGGGCGCACCGAAACCAUUCGGUCCACGUCCAAUGAAUCCAAGUCCUUCCUCAUGGCCAUGCAUUCGGAGAAGGCUUUGAUAAGCGAUAAAUUGGUUGCGCUGCAAAAGGCGGUGGAUGCCCACGAAAAGUUGAUCAAAGAGGCCAUUAACGGGCAGGGCAUCGAUCGGCACUUGUUUGGGCUGCAGGAGAUGGCUCUGGAACAAGGAAUGUCACUACCGGCGUUCUUUCGCUCCAAGGGUUACGUCAGAUCGGUGACCUUUCAGCUCUUCACCUCCCAGGUAGCCACAUCCCACGAGGGCUUCAUGGCCUACGGACCACUUCUAUCCGACGGAUACGGCGUCUGCUACAACCCACAGGAAAAGAAGAUCACCUUCGCCAUCUCCGCUUGGAAAAGUUGCCCGGAAGUCAACGUCAUACGAUUUGGCAAGGCCAUCAAGAAGUCCCUGAACGACAUGAGAAAACUAAUCCUGAACACAGGAGGCGAUCGUAUGGGCGAGCAUCCGUGUAAAUGCGAGAAGGUGCUGCUUUAGAAGGGAUUCCCCUAUAGAUUUCUCUUUAGAUACCCUCCAGUGUUACGUUUCUCAACAAGGCAAAUAUACACUCGUCAACC